AUGGGCGAGUGGUGGGGGCCCGUGUUGCGGAUGCUGGUGCUGCAGGCGGCCUGGGCGCUGGUCGGCGGGCAGGUGCGGUACUCGGUGCCGGAGGAAGCCAAGGCCGGGACGGUGGUGGGGCGUCUGGCGCAGGACCUGGGCCUGGAGGCGGGCGAGGCGGAGGCGCGGCGGCUGCGGCUGGUGUCGCAGGGCCGGCGGGCGAGCGUGGAGGUGAACGGGGCGAGCGGGGCGCUGGUGGUGAGCUCGCGACUGGACCGGGAGGAGCUGUGCGGGAAGAGCGCGCCGUGCGCCCUGCGCCUGGAGGUGCUGGUGGAGCGGCCGCUGCGCGUGUUCCACGUGGAGCUGGAGGUCACGGACAUCAACGACAACGCCCCGCUCUUCCCCACCGCCCGGAAAAACCUCAGUUUAUCGGAAAAUAUUCCUUCCCGGUCUCGGUUCCCUCUGGAGGGCGCGUCGGAUCCAGAUAUCGGAGAUAACGCGCAGCUCUCUUAUACACUUAGCCCCAGCGAACACUUCAUUCUCGAUGUUAAAUCUUCUGAUGAUAAUAGAAAGUCCCUGUUCCUGGUGCUUGAGAAAUCACUCGACCGCGAGACGCUGCCUGUGCAUCGGUUGGUGCUGACUGCGAGUGACGGGGGCCGGCCGUCUCUGACGGGCACGAUGGAGCUGGUGAUCUCGGUGCUGGACGCGAAUGACAACGCGCCUCAGUUCAACCAGUCGGUCUAUAAAGUGCAGCUGACGGAGAGCGCUGCAGAGGGGACGGUGGUGGUGCGACUGAACGCCACGGAUCCGGAUGAAGGUCUCAAUAAAGAGUUUUCUUACAGCAUCGUCAGUUCAGUUCCUGCUGGUAACAGCGAUCUAUUCAGAAUUGAUCCCAAGAGGGGCGAGAUCAGACUGACGGGCGGUCUGGACUUUGAAGAUGUCCGUUUACAUGAGAUACAAAUCGAAGCGACAGAUGAGGGGAUGCCUCCGCUGUCGGGUCACUGCAGCGUGGAGCUGGAGGUGCUGGACGUGAACGACAACGCGCCGGAGGUGUGGGUGACGUCGCUGUCGGUGCCGGUGCCAGAGGACGCGUCGGUGGGGACGGUGGUGGCGCUGCUGAGCGUGUCGGACCGGGACUCGGGGGCGAACGGUCGUGUGCGCUGCGCGGUGUGGCCGGCGGCGCCGUUCGGGCUGGUGUCGACGUUCGCGGGGUCGUACUCGCUGGUGCUGCGGGAGGCGCUGGAUCGGGAGCGGGUGUCGGAGUACGAGGUGGAGGUGCGGGCGGAGGACGGCGGGUCGCCGUCGCUGCGCGGCCGUCGCGGGGUGCGGGUGCCGGUGUCGGACGUGAACGACAACGCGCCGGCGUUCGCGCAGGCCGUGUACACGGUGCUGGCGCGGGAGAACAACGCGGCGGGCGCGGAGCUGGCGCGUCUGUGGGCGCGGGACCCGGACGAGGCGGACAACGGGCGCGUGCGGUACUCGGUGUGGGAGGGCGGCGUGGGCGGUGUCGCGUCGGCGGGCGGGGGGUGGCGUCCGGCGUCGAGCUACGUGUCGGUGGACGCGGAGAGCGGGCGUCUGUGGGCGCUGCAGCCGUUGGACUACGAGGAGGUGCAGGUGCUGCAGUUCGAGGUGCGGGCGGUGGACGCGGGGGAGCCGCCGCUGUGCGGCAACGCCACGGUGCAGCUGUUCGUGGUGGACGAGAACGACAACGCGCCGGCGCUGCUGCCGGCUGGAAGCGGCGGGCCGGGGCCCGGGGUGUUGGGCGAGGCGGCGUCGGUGCCGGGUUCGGUCUCGGGGGCGCUGUGGGCGUGGGCGGCGUGGGGGGCGCCGGCGGGGCAGGUGGUGGCGAAGAUCCGCGCGGUGGACGCGGACUCGGGCUACAACGCGUGGCUGCGCUACGAGCUGUGGGAGCCGCGGGGGAAGGGCCCGUUCCGCGUGGGGCUGUACAGCGGCGAGGUGAGCACGACGCGGGCGCUGGAGGAGGCGGACGGCCCGCGGCAGAGGCUGGUGAUCGUGGUGCGGGACCACGGGGAGCCGGCGCGCUCGGCCACGGCCACGCUGAGCGUGUCGCUGGUGGAGGGCUCCGAGGCUGCGCUGGCGGCCGCGGGCUCGUCGUCGUCAUCCGGAGCGGGGCUGCGUCCAUCAGAGCGUGGUGCGGCAGCGACAGGAGCGGCGGCGACGACGAACGUGUGGCUGGUGGUGGGCAUCUGCGCGGUGUCGAGCCUGUUCCUGCUGGCGGUGGUGCUAUACGGGGCGUCGCGGUGGGCGCCGCGGGCGGGCGUGUUGUCGGGGCCCGGGCCGGCGACGCUGGUGUGCGCCAGCGAAGUGGGGAGCUGGUCGUACUCGCAGCGCCAGAGCCGGAGCCUGUGCGUGGCGGACGGCGCGGGCAAGAGCGACCUGAUGGUUUUCAGCCCCAACUUCCCGCCGCCUCCCGGCCCCGCGGUGAAGGAGACGCAGCCGGAGCCGCCCGCUCUCCUGGACACGGUCAGUGGCUAUUCCUGCCUCGCCUCUCGCCACUUCCCCGGCUCCCCUUUCCCUCCUCUCCCCCCUGUCACCCUUAUUCCUUCUCUGGUCCUUCUUUCCCACUCCGUGGGCAUGCGGUUUGGGGUGGCGGGCUGA